UACGGGCUAGGACUCUUUUAAGGUGGGCGCUGUGAACGGAACAGACUGCAACGCUCCGCAUUGGUGUCUAUCUCGUUCUUUCUCACAUUCGGACCGCGUAGCCUCGUUUUCUCUGGUGUUGAGUAGUUUGAGGGAGUUUGGACUGCUAUCGCUGGAACAUGGACGGGUUAGAUCGGUCUCGGGCUUUCGUGAAGGAUGUGAAGCGUCUCGUUAUCAAGGUUGGAACAGCUGUUGUUACUCGAAAUGAUGGACGGUUGGCACUUGGGAGACUUGGAGGACUUUGUGAGCAAAUUAAAGAACUAAACUCUCAAGGAUAUGAGGUUAUUUUAGUGUCAUCAGGCGCUGUUGGCCUUGGUCGCCAAAGGCUCCGAUACCGGAAGUUGGUUAACAGCAGCUUUGCUGAUCUCCAGAAGCCACAGAUAGACCUUGAUGGAAAAGCUUGUGCUGGUGUUGGACAAAAUUGUCUUAUGGCUCUGUAUGAUACCAUGUUUAGUCAGCUGGACGUGACAUCAGCACAGCUUCUUGUGACAGAUAGUGAUUUUAGGGACAAGGAUUUCAGAAAGCAACUUGAUGAAACAGUUGGAUCAUUGCUAGCACUCAGGGUUAUUCCAAUAUUUAAUGAAAAUGAUGCAGUCAGUACCAGGAGAGCCCCGUAUGAGGAUUCCUCUGGUAUAUUCUGGGAUAAUGACAGCUUAGCUGCUCUACUGGCGUUGGAGCUAAAAGCGGAUCUUCUCAUUUUGUUGAGUGACGUGGAUGGGCUUUACAGUGGGCCCCCAAGUGAUCCAGGAUCUAAGCUUAUCCACACAUAUAUCAAGGAAAAACAUCAGGGUGAAAUUACCUUUGGAGACAAGUCUAGGGUGGGAAGGGGAGGUAUGACUGCAAAAGUAAAGGCUGCUGUUAAUGCAGCUUCCGCUGGAGUUCCUGUUAUCAUCACCAGUGGAUAUGCUGCUGGAAACAUACUUAAAGUUCUUGAAGGACACUGCAUUGGUACUCUCUUCCAUAAAGAUGCUUGUACGUGGGUCUCAGUUGAGGAACUUGGUGGGCAGGACAUGGCAGUUGCAGCUAGGGAAAGUUCCAGACGGCUUCAGGCCUUGUCUUCAGAGGAUAGAAAAAGGAUAUUACUCGACAUAGCUAAUGCACUGGAAGCAAAUGAGAACUUGAUCAGGGCUGAGAAUGAAGCAGAUGUUGCUGCUGCACAAGAAGCGGGAUAUGAGAAGUCCUUGGUAUCUCGGCUGGCCUUAAAGCCUGGAAAGAUUUCAAGCCUUGCAAAAUCAAUUCGUGUGCUUGCAAACAUGGAAGAUCCUAUUGGUCAUGUUUUGAAGAGAACCCAAAUUGCAGAUGGGCUCAUCCUUGAGAAAACUUCAUCUCCCUUGGGCGUUCUUUUGAUUGUCUUUGAGUCUCGGCCUGAUGCUUUAGUACAGAUAGCUUCAUUGGCUAUUCGAAGUGGCAAUGGACUGCUUUUGAAAGGGGGAAAAGAAGCCAAGCGAUCGAAUGCAAUUUUGCACAAGGUGAUAAUUGAAGCUAUUCCAGAUAGUGUUGGGGGAAAGCUUAUUGGACUUGUGACCUCAAGAGACGAGAUACCUGAUCUACUGAAGCUUGAUGAUGUAAUUGAUCUUGUGAUCCCGAGAGGGAGCAACAAGCUUGUUUCUCAGAUAAAAAAUUCAACUAAAAUUCCUGUUCUGGGUCAUGCUGAUGGAAUUUGCCAUGUAUAUGUUGAUAAGUCUGCUAACUCAAAUAUGGCAAGGCGCAUUGUUCUGGAUGCAAAAAUUGAUUACCCAGCAGCAUGCAAUGCAGUGGAAACACUCCUUGUACACCAGGAGUGGGAGCAGAAUGGUGCUCUCCAUGAUCUUAUUGUUGACCUUCGAACUGAAGGUGUUGUUUUAUAUGGUGGACCAAGGGCUAGUUCCAUGCUGAAUAUUCCUGAAGCACCUUCAUUUCAUCAUGAGUACAGUUCAUUGGCUUGUACAAUUGAAAUUGUGAAUGAUGUCUAUGAAGCCAUUGAUCACAUUCACCAACAUGGAAGUGCACAUACUGAUUGCAUCAUCACAGAAGAUAAUGAAGUUGCAGAAUUGUUUUUGCGUCAAGUUGACAGUGCUGCUGUUUUCCACAAUGCAAGCACAAGAUUUUGUGAUGGUGCUCGAUUUGGACUGGGUGCAGAGGUUGGGAUAAGUACGAGCAGGAUUCAUGCUCGAGGUCCAGUUGGAGUUGAAGGAUUGUUAACAACAAGAUGGAUCCUGAGAGGAAGUGGGCAAGUGGUGGAUGGUGAUAAUGGUGUGAUCUAUGACCACAAAGAUUUGGCCAUCGAAUCUUAAGUCUGUUCCCAGUAGUUAAAUAAACCUGAGAGAGAGAAGGAAAGACAUGUUAGAGGCUUUUAGUUAUUUGAUAUCUUCAUGUACUGUUUUAAGUCAGAAGUUUUGAAUUCUUGCCCACAGGAAUAUUUUAUAUUUUUCUCUUUAGGUUUGGGGUUGUACACCCUAGAAGGAUUGAAACCCAAGCACCGUAACCUCUGGUACUUUAUGACCUCUGAGCUACUUGGCGUGGGUCCAUCCACUCUUAGAAACAGAUGCUCUGAUGUCCUAGGAGAUUAUGGCAAUCCAUUUAUUUAUGGAGAUUGUUGCUUGCAA